GCCGGCUUGCUCCGCGGCCGUGGGAUGCCCCAACGCUGACCGCUGGGGGCCCGCGUCCUCCGCUUUUGCCCGCGUAGACUCUCUGGGCCUGAUCGCUCGCCACCAUGUAAACGGCGCCCGCAGGCGGACUCUGGCUUCUCGGCCCGGGACCCCUCCGCCCCGCCCCGGGCCCCGGGGCCCUCGAUGAGGGCUUUUCCUGGUCAAUCCCAGAACUCUGGGAACAGAGAGCGGCUUCCUCCCAACGCCUCCCCUGCAAAACCACAGAUUCCACACCCCUGGGCCUCAACUUGCCUAUCUGUGAAACAGGCCCAGCUCACCUGUCUUGGGCAGAGGACACACCAUGCUGACCGGGGUGACUGAUGGGAUCUUCUGCUGCCUGCUGGGCGCGCCGCCCAACACUGUGGGACCCCUGGAAACCGUUGAGUCCAGCGAUGGCUACACCUUUGUGGAGGUCAAGCCAGGCCGCGUAUUGCGGGUGAAACACGCCGGGCCCACCCCAGCCCCCACCCCACCGCCGCCACUGCCACCCCCCAACGAUGCCCAGCGGGACCGUUCUGGCCUGGUCCGCUGCCAGCGCCGGAUCACUGUGUACCGCAACGGGCGGUUGUUGGUGGAGAACCUGGGCCGGGCACCGCAAGCUGACCUGCACUGGCAGAGCGGCUCUGGGGAGCCGCCGACUGCCCUGGAAGUGGAGCUGGCUGAGCCAGCAGGCAGUGAGGGCUGCUCUGGCCCAGGCAGCGCGGGCAGCAGCGGGCGGCGGCGGCGCACCCGGCGCCCCAAGCGGACCAUCCACAUUGACUGUGAGAAGCGCAUCACCAGCUGCAAGGGUGCCCAGGCUGAUGUGGUGCUGUUUUUCAUCCAUGGGGUUGGCGGCUCCCUGGCCAUCUGGAAGGAACAGCUGGACUUCUUUGUGCGCCUGGGCUACGAAGUGGUGGCACCUGACCUGGCAGGCCACGGGGCCAGCUCAGCGCCUCAAGUGGCCGCUGCCUAUACAUUCUAUGCGCUAGCGGAGGACAUGCGCGCCAUCUUCAAGCGCUAUGCCAAGAAGCGCAAUGUGCUCAUCGGGCAUUCGUAUGGCGUCUCCUUCUGCACGUUCCUGGCCCACGAGUACCCCGAUCUGGUGCACAAGGUGAUCAUGAUCAACGGCGGGGGCCCCACAGCGCUGGAGCCCAGCAUCUGCUCCAUCUUCAACAUGCCCACGUGCAUCCUGCACUGCCUGUCCCCCUGCCUGGCCUGGAGCUUCCUCAAGGCUGGCUUUGCCCGCCAAGGAGCCAAGGAGAAGCAGCUGCUGAAAGAGGGCAACGCGUUCAAUGUGUCGUCCUUCGUGCUGCGCGCCAUGAUGAGCGGUCAGUACUGGCCCGAGGGCGACGAAGUGUACCACGCCGAGCUCACCGUGCCAGUCCUCCUUGUCCACGGCAUGCACGACAAGUUUGUGCCCGUGGAGGAGGACCAGCGUAUGGCCGAGAUCCUGCUCCUGGCCUUCCUGAAACUCAUCGAAGAGGGCAGCCACAUGGUGAUGCUUGAGUGCCCGGAAACCGUGAACACGCUGCUCCAUGAGUUCCUGCUGUGGGAGCCGGAGCCCAUGCCACAGGCCCUGCCUGCGCCCCAGGAAGAGAAAAAGUAGCUGCGGGCAGUGGGCAUCACUUGGUGAGCAGUGGAGCUGGAGGACCUGCGGCCAGAGCCAUUUCUGCAGCGCAGCCACCUGGGCGGCCGCUUGUCCCGCCCCCGUGGGCGGGGCCAGGUCAGGGAGACGCCCCUGGGCGGGGCACUGGGGAGCUAGGUGGAAGCCCCACCCUCUGCUACUGUCCUGCGGACCCAUACUGUAUGGGGGCCGCUGCCAGGACCCCACGGAGGUGACCUUGUACAGAAGCCCCCCAACCCCCACUCCAUAGCCCAGGCAGGCUCCCACCCCCGCUCUCUGUCUUUGUCAGCGUGCUUUAUCCCGGGACCCGCGAGCCCUGCAGGGACCCUUGGGGCCACUCCCUCCCCUGAGACCCCCGCAGUACCCCCUUUCCGUCGCGCUGGGAGGUAUUGUCGCCCGAGGUGGGUGGGGUGGGGGGUCUGGCGACAUAGAACCUGCACAUCUCAACUUAUAACUCAAUAAAAAAAAAUGACAAUCGGG